UGCUCUACAUGUCAAGAAGUACCCGGACAUUUAGCUUUACGAAACACUAGUGAACAUUACAGAAGAGGGCUAAGUUAUUGGUGAUUAAUGUUUACACUGCGCAACAUACUUCUAAGGUAUGGAAGCAGUAAUGGAAGUAAACAAGCUAUUGUAAUGGGAACGCUGUUCUCUUCCAGAACAGUCAACAGCGACCGACCUUCAUCUGAACUCUUGUGUUCAACACGUUCAUUUUGUAAACAAACCCCACGUGUUUGGGAGGCAGGCGAAAUGGCAACCUUAGAAAACCUGCAGUUUGACAACCUUGCGCUACGCGCGCUGCCCAUUGAUACCGAGAAGAAAAACUUUGUAAGGCAAGUCCGUGGUGCUUGUUUCUCCAGAGUAGAGCCGACACCUGUGACAAACCCAGAAGUUGUUUGCGUGUCGGCGAAAGCAAUGGCCUUGCUGGACUUGCCAGAGAGCGAGCUACGGAGGGAGGAUUUUGCCGAAUAUUUUUCAGGCAAUAAACUUUUACCUGGUGCCGAAACUGCUGCCCAUUGUUACUGCGGCCACCAGUUUGGACAAUUUGCUGGUCAACUUGGAGAUGGAGCUACUAUGUAUCUUGGUGAGGUGAUAAACAAGAAAGGGGAGAGGUGGGAAAUACAAUUUAAAGGAGCUGGAAAGACACCUUUCUCUAGGAUGGCAGAUGGCAGGAAAGUGCUGAGGUCUAGCAUAAGAGAAUUUUUAUGUAGUGAGGCAAUACAUAACCUGGGUAUUCCUACCACCAGGGCUGGCACAUGUGUCACAAGUGAUGAUGUCGUGAUGAGAGACAUAUUCUAUGAUGGCAAUCUCAAGGAUGAGAAGUGCACAAUAAUUCUCAGGAUAGCUCCGACUUUUAUCAGGUUUGGUUCCUUUGAAAUAUUCAAAGCAAUGGGGACCAAUGGCAGACAGGGACCCAGUGUUGGAAUGAAGGAAAUACUUCUGCAGUUACUGGACUAUGUGAUCAGUACUUUUUACCCAGAGAUAUGGGCAGCUCACACUGAGGAUAAGCAGAAAAUGUACUAUGAGUUCUACAAGGAGGUUGUUCUGAGAACAGCUCGCAUGGUGGCCCAGUGGCAGUGUGUUGGCUGGUGUCAUGGAGUGUUGAAUACAGACAACAUGAGUAUUUUAGGACUGACCAUUGACUAUGGGCCUUAUGGGUUCAUGGACAGAUUUGACAAAGACUUUGUGUGCAAUGGAUCAGAUGCAAACGGCAGGUACUCCUACAAAAACCAGCCCAAGAUAUGUAAGUGGAACUGUGCAAAGUUGGCCGAGGCCAUCAGUGAGGCUAUCCCUCUAGAAACCACCAGACCAGCCAUGGUCCUGUUUGACGAGGAAUAUGAGAAAGCGUACAUGGGGGAGAUGAGGAAGAAGUUUGGACUUCUACAGGAAAAUCUACCUGAAGAUGAUGAUUUAGUCAAAUCAUUUCUGAGCACCAUGCAAGCUACAGGGGCAGACUUCACCAACAGUUUCCGCUGUCUCAGUCAACUACCCCUCCCAGGCUCGGAACACUUCCAUGACAAGAUGGCUGAAGUGAAAAGAUUUCUCGUAAGUCAGUGCUGCUCUCUGGAGGAAUUUCGACAAGGAUGUAAACCUCUGAUGCCCCCAGCUCAGCUGAAUAUGCUCCUUCAGAUGGAGCAGCUACAUCCAGGGUUGGUGCAGCAUUUGGGGUUAACUGCUGAAGACUUGGCAGAGGAACUGAAUAAGGCAAACAAAGUGGAAGAACUCAAGGACUACACCCCAGAACGUAAGUGUGGAGAGGAUGAGGAAGCGUGGUCAACCUGGCUGGAGACAUACUCAGAGAGGCUGCAGAAGGAGGUAGAGGAGGGAGCUGAUGUAGCUGCACUGAAUGAAGAAAGGGUGAAGACCAUGAAUUCUCACAACCCUAAGUUUGUCUUGAGAAAUUUCAUAGCUCAGCAUGCCAUCACCCAGGCAGAGAAGGGGGACUACACUGAGGUCCGCAGGGUGCUAAAGGUGCUGGAGAACCCCUACAGUGAGAGUGUGGACCUGGAGGAUGUGGCCACAGCUGCCAGACCUUCAGAAAAUACACAGUAUGAUGCAGAUGCCGGCACAUCAUCACCAGCAAGUGAAGCCGCCUCCUGCUCUGCGUCAUCUUCACGGCCAGUCUUCUCCUAUGACAGUCGACCACCUGACUGGGCCAUUGGUCUCACAGUCACAUGAUCUUCGUAAACGCCUUGUGUCCACGGCAGGCUGGUGGUGGCUGACCAGAUGAGAUGGACAGUGUUUAGACAUGCUAAUGACAAGUUGGCACAAGUAUCAGUGGAACAGUAGAAAUAUUGUCCUAGUUGGUAGUCACUGUAAAACACUCCAUCAUAAGCCAGUAGUGAUCCACUCAAGUACAGAAACAAUCAGGCAAAUUUUCAGAUACUUUUGUGUCUUCAUUUCGGCGGAAAAUGACUGAUUUGUCAUGGGUUGGAGAAAACUAAGAUUUAAACUCAAAUAUCAAUUGAACCUCUGUGAAACUAGGGACCAGAUCCCAGUCUAUGAAUGUGGCUAACAACGAGUUAUUUUCCUGUUACUAAAUUGAAAAGAGCUUUGCUAACUGUAGGACUCCAUGUUACCACUGUUCACACGUGCAAGAAAUUCCGAAUACAGUUAUACCACUGUUAACAGUUUUUUGUGGAACUAUCCCAUUCUUGGUGACUUGUUUGGAAAAUAACACUCCUUACAGCAUGAAAACAAGCCAAGAGAGUGCAGCAAUCCAUGACCAGCCUGCUGAAAGUGGACACAAGGUCAACAGCACAUGUUGCUUACUGGAGGACAUGGUCAAGAAAUCUAGGCAAUAUACAGACUUCUUUGGUUGUGACAGCAUUGUCACAACUACGUGGAGUGUAUUGUGAUGUGGAUUGAUUGACUAUGUCAUUGAUGACGGUUGUUACUACAAACCAUGUGGUCAGUAGCAACUUGAGGAUCCAGCUAAGCAGCAUGGUGUGGCCAUCUGUUUUUAUUAAUUUAUGGCCAUAGUUUUUACAUGUCAGUUAGUCAUUUAUAAGAUGCAUAGUAAUAGAUUUAAAAAAAUGAUAAAAAAUUAUUAAUCUGCUUCUUCAAUUGAACAACAGUCCAUGAUAUACAGGUAUAUCUUUUAGUUUAACUGUACUAAUUUUGUAAAAAUUUAAUGUGGAUAAAAAGUCCUGUCUUCCAAAUUUUGAGUUUUAUUGAAAUUUUACAUCUCAAAGCUGUGGUUGUGUAUCUGUUUACAGAAAAGGAAAUAUAACUCCUCCUCAUUUAAAAAUAAUCUCUUAAAGUCAGUUAUUUAGAAGCAUAUCUUUUAAUGUUAAAAGAGAAAAGACUUCAGUACUGUGUACUGUGAUUGAUAUCAUGUAAUAUGCGCACAAUAAAUUGAUAGAUCUUUUACAUUUUAUUUUUUCCUGAAUAAAAGGUGCAUGUAAUAUUUUGA